ACAACCAAGAAAGUACAUCACGACUUUAGUCUUGCAUCAACAGCUAUAUAUACCCCAUUUGCUCCUCCACAACAAUCACCACCACUGCAAUUAUACCUCCAGUCAACACCACAACCACCACCAAACAUAACUAACUACCCAAAAAAGAAAUAAAUGGAAUUUCCAUCAUAUCUUGUUUAUGCAGCAGCAUGGUUUGCUGCAAUUGCACUCCUCCUAAAAGGUUUCCAACUUCGCCGUAACAAGCUAAACCCGCCACCGGGGCCAAAAGCGUGGCCAAUCAUCGGUAACUUGAACCUCAUCAGUGCCCUUCCUCACCGUUCACUUCAUCAUCUGUCUCAAAAAUACGGACCUUUGAUGCAACUCAAGUUCGGAUCACACCGGGUUGUAGUCGCUUCAUCGGUGGAUAUGGCGAAGGAAUUUCUUAAGAUCCAUGACGUAUCUUUCUCCGGUCGACCCAAAACUGCUGCUGGAAAAAUCACAACUUACAAUUAUUCUGAUAUAACUUGGUCUCAGUAUGGUCCGUAUUGGCGACAAGCUCGUAAAAUGUGUUUGGUUGAGUUAUUCAGUGUGAGAAGAGUCGAAUCGUACGAGUACAUCCGCAUCGAAGAAACACGAUUGCUCUCUACAGCUUUGUACGAGUCGAAAGGCGUUGCUGUGAACUUAAAGAAUCAUCUUGCUGAUGUUAGUUUGAAUGUGAUUAGCAGAAUUGUUUUGGGAAGAAGAUAUUUGGAUGGAGAUGAAAACUCAAUUGUUACACCAAAUGAGUUCAAAGAAAUGUUAGAAGAAUUGUUUUUAUUAAAUGGCGUUUUGAAUAUCGGUGAUUCAAUUCCUUGGCUAGGAUUCUUGGAUUUACAAGGGUAUGUCAAGAGAAUGAAAGUUUUGGCUAAGAAAUUUGAUAGAUUUUUAGAACAUGUUCUUGAUGAACAUCUCUCUAAUAAAGAAGUUGCGGGGAAAGUUUUUGUUGCUAAAGAUAUGGUUGAUGUUCUUCUGCAAUUUGCUGAUGAUCCUAGCAAUGAUGUCAAGCUUACUAGGACAAGUGUCAAGGCAUUUACACAGGACUUAAUGGCAGCGGGAACGGAGAGUUCAGCAGUGACAAUAGAAUGGGCAAUUUCCGAGCUCUUGAAAACUCCGGAAAUUUUUGAAAAGGCAACCGAAGAACUUGAUAGGGUUAUCGGAAGAGAAAGAUGGGUUGAAGAGAAAGACAUCCAAAGGCUACCAUACAUUGAAGCAAUCGUCAAAGAGACAAUGCGAUUGCACCCAGUGGCACCGUUAUUGGUACCUCGCAGGACUCGUGAAGAUGUCAACAUCAAUGGCUAUACCAUACAAUCAGAAACGAAUGCAUUUGUGAACGUCUGGGCAAUAGGAAGAGACCCAACAUUGUGGGAAGAACCGGAACAAUUUCGUCCCGAAAGAUUUAUUGGAAAAACAAUGGAUGUCAAGGGGCAUGACUUUGAGCUAUUGCCCUUUGGAGCAGGGAGAAGGAUGUGCCCUGGUUAUUCAUUGGCAAUUAAGAUAAUCCAGUCAAGUUUAGCUAAUCUCUUACAUGGUUUCGUUUGGAAGUUACCGGCCGGAGCUGAUCUGAAUAUGGAGGAAGUUUGGGGACUUUCGACCCCAAGAAAAAUCCCAUUAGUGGCAGUCCCUGAACCCCGUCUGCCUAGUCAUCUUUACAAUGAUAAGUGUUAAUCAUUUAGAAUGAUUAAAUUUUAGUAAAUGUUGCUUUUGUUUGAGUGUGCAAUAAUCAGUAACUGCUAUUAUUUGCUUUUACAGUUUGUUCAUGGUUUGAUUAGUGAGGGAUCUGUGUGGUCGAUUUUACUUUGAGAUACAUAAUAAAAUUCGAUUUUUCCAUUUGAAAA